GGGGCUUUGUGUCGGACUCGGCUCGGCUGCUGGACUAAGCUCCGUUAGAGCUGCAGAGGCUGUCACUUAGUAACUCUUUAUAUACCAUUGUCUUCUUGAAAGGGAGAAGGGGAAACCACUGGCAGAAUGUAUGGAUUUGUCAAUCAUGCCUUGGAGCUGCUGGUGAUAAGGAACUAUGGAGAAGAAGUAUGGGAGGAUAUAAAACGAGAAGCACAACUGGAUGAAGAGGGGCAGUUCUUGGUGAGAAUCAUUUAUGAUGACUCCAAAACCUAUGACCUUGUAGCAGCUGCAUGCAAAGUGCUCAAUCUAAAUGCCAGCGAUAUUCUCCAAAUGUUUGGCAAUAUGUUUUUUGUUUUUUGCCAAGAAUCUGGAUAUGACACAAUUCUACGGGUACUUGGAUCCAAUGUCAGAGAGUUCUUGCAGAACCUAGAUGCUCUGCACGAUCACUUGGGUACCAUCUAUCCAGGUAUGCGUGCUCCAUCAUUUAGAUGUACAGAUGCAGAAAAGGGGAAAGGACUUAUAUUACACUACUAUUCAGAGAGAGAAGGACUUCAAGAUAUUGUUAUUGGGAUCACCAAGACAGUGGCGCAGCAGAUCCAUGGAACAGAAAUAGAUAUGAAGGUCAUUCAACAAAGAAAUGAGGAGUUUGACCACACACAAUUCUUGAUAGAAGAAAAGGAUUCCAAAGAGGAAGACUUUUAUGAAGACCUGGACAGAUUUGAGGAAAAUGGAACUCAAGAAUCCCGUAUCAGUCCUUACACGUUCUGCAAGGCGUUCCCUUUUCAUAUAAUGUUUGACAGAGAUCUUGUUGUCACCCAGUGUGGAAAUGCCAUCUACAGAGUUCUUCCCCAGCUCCAGCCUGGAAACUGUAACCUGCUGUCAGUAUUCUCCUUGGUACGACCCCAUAUUGACAUUAGCUUCCAUGGAAUCCUGUCUCACAUCAACACUGUGUUUGUCCUGAGAAGUAAGGAAGGUUUGCUUGAUGUGGAAAAAUCAGAGACCGAAGAUGAACUGACUCUAACCGAAAUAAGUUGUCUACGCCUAAAAGGACAGAUGAUCUACUUGCCGGAAGCCGAUAACAUUCUUUUCCUCUGCUCUCCAAGUGUGAUGAACUUGGAUGACUUGACAAGAAGAGGCCUGUAUCUCAGUGACAUCCCCCUCCAUGAUGCAACUCGUGACCUAGUACUUCUUGGAGAACAGUUCAGAGAAGAAUAUAAGUUGACUCAAGAACUGGAAAUACUUACUGACCGACUGCAGCACACCCUUAGGGCCCUGGAAGAUGAGAAGAAGAAGACCGAUACCUUGCUGUAUUCUGUGCUUCCACCUACUGUUGCUAAUGAGCUCAGACAUAAGCGCCCAGUUGCAGCCAAGCGAUAUGACAAUGUCACAAUUCUGUUUAGUGGCAUUGUAGGAUUUAAUGCGUUCUGCAGCAAGCAUGCUUCCGGGGAAGGAGCCAUGAAGAUUGUAAACCUUCUAAAUGACGUAUACACACGAUUUGAUAUUUUAACUGACUCGAGAAAGAAUCCUUUUGUCUAUAAGGUUGAAACUGUUGGUGACAAAUACAUGACAGUGAGUGGCCUUCCAGAACGAUGUGUCCACCAUGCAAGGUCUAUCUGCGACUUGGCAUUAGACAUGAUGGAAAUUGCUGGACAAGUUCAAAUAGAUGGGGAAUCUGUACAGAUUACAAUUGGCAUACAUACAGGAGAAGUGGUGACAGGUGUUAUUGGUCAGAGGAUGCCACGCUACUGCCUGUUUGGAAACACCGUCAAUUUGACUAGCAGAACGGAGACAACUGGAGAGAAGGGGAAAAUAAAUGUAUCAGAAUAUACAUACAGAUGUCUUAUGAGUCCAGAAAAUGCCGACCCCCAGUUUCAUUUACAAUAUAGAGGACCAGUGAGCAUGAAGGGUAAAACAGAUCCAAUGCAAGUGUGGUUUCUAUCCAGAAAGACUGCAGAAACAGAGGAAUAAGUACAUCAUUUAAACUGAAGAACCAAAUCCAGGGAAAAAUUGCUGAAAUUUAGUGAUCCUGUGUUUUUUUCCCAGUAACCUGAUUGGAGAUACAGUCAUUUUGUAGCUUACCCCUUCAUUUGUUACACACAAAUAUGUAACAUGUUAGGCUACUUUCACACUGGAGUUUUUGUUUUUGUUUGUGAGAUCCAUUCAGGGAUCUCACAAGCGGUCCAAAACGGAUCAGUUUUGCCCUUAAUGCAUUCUGAAU